AUCACUAUAAUUUUUGUAAUAACCAACCCAUCCCAAACAUUACUUUAAUCAUCGUUCAUAAAUCACCCUAAUUGAAAUGACCAAUCCAUCCCAAACAUUACUUUAAUGUCCAAGGAGAGGCCCAAUUUUCCACGGUGGGCUACCAUUUUCCGUCGUGACUCUCUUUAAAAGGCCAUCAUCAAGCAUGCCCUUCAAACCUCAAAGCAAAAUCUGAAAAAAAAAAAAUGCAAAACCAGAGAGGAGUCCAUGUCUUGGUGGUCAUAUACCCUGCCCAAGGCCACAUAAAUCCCCUCAUCCAAUUUGCUAAACGUUUAGCCUCCAAAGGAGUCAAGGUCACCGUAGCCACCACCCCUUACACCAUCAAGUCCAUCCAUGCAAACACUAUAAGCAUCGAACCAAUCUCUGAUGGCUUCGACGAAGGAGGUUUCAAGCAAGCUUCAAGUCUCGAAACCUACUUGGAGUCCUUCAAAACAGUUGGGUCAACAACUUUGGCUGAGCUGAUAGUGAAGUUCAACAACUCAGGGACACCAGUUAGUUGCAUUGUGUAUGAUUCAUUGCUGUCUUGGGCUCUUGAUGUAGCUAAAGAAUUCGGUAUCUAUGCAGCUAUGCUGUUGACAAACUCUGCUUCGGUGUGCUCCUUGUAUUGGCAAAUCAAUCAAGGACGCUUGACUUUGCCUAUGAAACAAGAAGCCUUAGCAGCACCGAUGCCUGGCCUGCCUUCUCUGGGCUUUUCCGACUUGCCAAGUUUUCUGACUCAGCCUGCAAAGCACUAUGCUUAUUUAUCACUAAUCUUGGACAACACUGGCGCUCUGGAUAAAAAUGAUUGGGUCUUCUGUAACUCCUUUGAGGAGCUGGAGAGAGAGCUUGUCAAGGCUCUGAUGGGACUUUGGCCUGUAGAAAUGAUUGGUCCCCUGGUGCCAUCAUUCUAUUUAGAUCAUCAAAUUGAAGGAGAUACAAGCUAUGGGGCUAGCCUGUGGAAGCAAGAUAAGGAUCAGUGCCUGAAAUGGCUAGACUCUAAGCCAUUGAAGUCAGUGGUAUAUGUAUCGUUUGGAAGCAUGUCAAGUAUCUGCAGCAAACAAUUUGAAGAAAUAGCAUGGGGCUUGAAAGCAAGCAAUAUGCCUUUCCUGUGGGUUGCAAAGGAGUUCAAAGACGAGCAGCUGCUUGAGUUCACUGACUCAGUUGGAGAAAGAGGGCUAUUUGUCACAUGGUGCAACCAACUAGAGGUGCUGGCUCACCAAGCCGUGGGCUGCUUCGUAACACACUGUGGCUGGAACUCAACCUUGGAAGGUUUGAGCCUAGGCGUGCCAAUGGUGUGUGUGCCACAGUGGAGUGACCAGCCAACUAAUGCCAAGUUUUUAGCAGAUGUAUGGAAGGUAGGAGUGAGAACUAAAAAAGAUGAAGGGAUUGUGACGAGGGAAGAAUUAGAGAAGUGUUUAAGGGAAGUCAUGGUUGGAGAAAGAAAUGAAGAGAUUAAGAGUAAUGCAUCAAAGUGGAAGGAGCAUGCCAAGAGAGCUGUUAGUAUAGGUGGGAGCUCAGACAGGAAAAUUGAUGAGUUUAUUGCAGAGCUGGGUAAGAGUAAGGACAAGAAAGCAUGAUUGUAUCAUUUGACCAAUAAGACCGCCCAUUUAAGGCAUCGUUUUAACUUCUCUUUUCUUUGAAAUAAUUUGUCAUUACUAAAAUUGGUUGAAGGACAAGUUACUUCAACUUACCAUCAUUAUAUAAAUUUGAAUAUUAA